GCUCAUAGCCAUUUUGGCCCAGACCCGUUGAUUCCCGCUGUCGUAACAGCCGCAGUGCCGAGUACGGGCUGCCUGCGUCCCAUCGCUGCGCCAGAACGGCUCCUUUCGCUGGACCUCCGUGAACACCAUGGAGGUCUCUCUGCUUUCGAACCGCGGCAUCGGGAGCGACAUGGUCCUGUCCAUCCGCGCAGGCACCACUCGCAGACAGGCGCCCAUCUCCUCCGCGCGCCCCUUCCGGUUCCCGAAGUUUCCCAGCCAGGAGACCCCGCUAAAGAUCGACGUCCUGAGGCAGGUGGCCACCGCCUACGUCGUGCAGAAGCCCGGGGGGGACCAGCAGUACAAGGUGGAGUUCGGCGGCGACGGCCUCGCCGGGGCCUGCCUCGAGCUCGGCAUCGGCAGGGUGGCGGAGGGCGCGGGGGCCCCGCCGGCGGCGGACGGCGAGGAGGCGGACGAGCGGGAGCUCACGGCGGGCGCCCGGUGCGCCAAGGAAGGCGCGGCUGCGGAUACUUGGAGGGCCACCAGCUGCUUCCGUUCGUGCAGGCCGUCCUGCAGACCGUGAUCAAGGAGAAGCCGCCGGACCCCUUCGAGUACAUGGCCAAGCGCUUCACGAACGGCUACGGGCUCGCCGACGCCAGGAAGCCCAAAACGCCGGCGAAGCAGCAGCCCGAGGCCGCUCUGGAGGCCCCAGCGGCUCCAGAGGCC